CCGACUGAGGCUCGGCAGCUAAAAGGUCCGACCGUCUCAACAGAAGCAGAAGACAUGAGGUUCAAAUAGAAGGAGCUCCAACCUCAGGACACAAACAGGUAGAGUUACUGCUUCCUGUCAGUUCUCAUCAGCUUCACCUCAACAGAUGCAGAGAAACAGUACGAACAGCAGUUUACUGGUCAAUGUGACCAGACGCACGAUGAAGAGCAGGUUCAGGAGGAAGACUUCUGUUAGGGAAAGGAGGCUGCGGAACCGUUUAGCUGUUGGAAGGUUUGCUUUCAUUUGGACCAGUGGAGCAGAGCAGAACAGGAAGGGGUCCUGGUUCUAAUGGACUGGCUGCUGACUGCGGGAGGAGGCGCUUCCUCUCUUUAAUCAAGCUGUGGAGGCUCCAGUAGAAGUCACUUCCUUCCUCUUCAGCCGCUCUGCGACAGGACUCCCACAGAGGUCGGACCCGUCUGGACCAAGGGAGCAGCGUGCCAACGUUUCUGUGAAAUCAGGUCAGAACAGCAGGACAUGGUGCUGGAGCUCAGCGGGGGGUCUGGGUCCUGGGAGUGGAUGCAGCAGGAGAAGUGUUGGUUCCUGGGCGGUUUUACUGGCUCCAGUUCUUCUGGGGUGAAUCACUGUGAGGAAUCUUGUUAUCAGGGUGUGAAUCAGAUUCAGUGGCUGUUGGUGCUGCUGCUGUUUGCUCAUGGUGGAGGCUCGAGGGUGGAUGGACUUCAGACGUCACCGUCGCCAGGAAACCUCCAAACUCCAGCUCUGGAGUUUUACUGGAACUCAGUUAAAUGGUUUAUUGGUUUACUGAGCAGCAAUGACAGAACUGGAUCACUCUGUCUGAAACAAAACUGAUGUUUCAUCUCAGUAGAAUUCUUCUUUUUUUAACAACUCCUGCUCGUUUCCUGAUUGAGAUUCUAAUCUCUUUUCUCUUUCUCUCUUCCAGAUCUCUUCUCCCCACGCUCCUCAUCAUGCCUUCAUCGUCCCAUCAGAAGUCUAAUGCAACCAGUCAUGCUGUCACCAUCUCCACCACCUUCACCCCCACCAACUCCACCCUCGACCCGGUUGCCACCACCAUCAUUGAUUUCUUCAACCACCUACUGGACCAGAUUCCCUUGCCUCGAUGGGCGAUCUACACCAUCUUUGCGGCCGGCGCUCUGCUCAUCCUGCUGUGCUGCCUGUGCAUCUGCAUCAAGUGCUGCUGCCGAGGGAAGAAGAAGCGACAGCAGAAGAAGGACGAGAAGAUCAACCUGAAAGGCGUGAAUGGAAAAACAACCACAGCUCUGGUUCAGCCUGAUGUGGGGGAUGUGGACUACGGUUCUAGCAGCCGGCCGAGAGGGAAGCUGCUCUACUCUCUGGAGUACAACGCCGCCGCCUCUGAGCUGGCAGUCGGCAUCAAACAGGCCGACCGGCUGAAGGCCAUGGACCUGGGCGGCAGCUCCGACCCCUACGUCAAAGUCUACAUCCUCCCCGACAAAAACAAAACCUGCGAGACCAAAGUGUUCCGGCACACGCUGAGCCCCGCCUUCAACGAGCAGUUCACCUUCCAGAUAUCCAAGGCCUCGCUCCCGGCGUCGACGGCCGUCAUGCAGGUGUUCGACUUCAACCGCUUCUCCAAACACAGCAUCAUCGGGGAGCUCAGGGUGCAGCUGGGCAGCGUGGACUGGAACCACGUCAUCGAGGAGUGGCGGGACCUCGCCGAGCCCGCCAAGUUCGAGGAGGAAAACCUGGGGGAGAUCUGUUUAUCUCUGCGCUACGUUCCCACCGCCGGCAAACUGACGGUGGUGAUCCUGGAGGCCAAGAACCUGAAAGCCAUGGACGUCGGAGGAACCUCAGAUCCUUAUGUGAAGGUCCAGUUGGCGCUGGACAAGAGGAAGUGGAAGAAAAGGAAAACGUCAGUGAAAAAGAAAACGCUGAACCCAUACUACAACGAGUCCUUCACCUUCGACGUGUCGUUUGAAGAAAUCCAGAGGGUGAACCUGGUGAUCUCCAUGUGGGACCACGACACCAUGACCCGAAACGACGCCAUGGGGAAGAUCUUCCUGGGCUGCGACGCCGCCGGGAACCAGCUGAGGCACUGGGCCGACAUGCUGUCCAACCCGCGGCGGCCCGUGGCUCAGUGGCACAGCCUGCUGUCGGCCGAGCAGGUCAACUCCACGCUGGCGCUGAGGAGGAAGUUCCCGCUGGUGGGAAAGAUGCCCUUCUGAUGGGAAACCCCAGAGGAGCACGGAGCGCAGAGAAGAUUGUCUGCAGCUGAUUACUGUAUUUUACCAUAAAGAAUUAAUCAUAAAACAAAUCCUACCAACAUCAGCACUUUUUUCCUAAUGUCAAGCAAAUGUAUGUAAAUAAAAUGUUACCUCAUGUAA